AUGUCAUUCCUCAAAUGCUUAAGCACACUCAUCACAACAAAAAUUAAGAGAUUGAAAUAUUCGCUGCAGCCCGGGCUCGACGCGCGCAGACCCGGCGCCGCGAGCAGGGCCCAGCAGCCCUGCCAGUGGGGCUACGACACUGACAACGGACCCGAGCACUGGCACAAAUAUUAUCCUAUUGCCAAAGGACAGAAUCAGUCACCUAUUGAAAUCAAUUCCAAAGAGGUCCAUUAUGAGCCCUCUCUUCUGCCUUGGUUUGUGGGGUAUGAUCCUGUCGGAGCUAGGACCAUACUGAACAACGGGAGAACCUGCAAAGUUGUGUUUGAUGACACCUUUGAUAGAUCAGUGCUGAGAAGUGGACCACUCCCAGGUACCUACAGACUGCGUCAACUUCACUUUCAUUGGGGUUCUUCUAAUGACCAUGGCUCUGAGCACAAUGUGGAUGGAGUGAAAUAUGCAGCAGAGCUUCAUUUGGUACAUUGGUAUUCAAAAUACAGUAAUUAUGCUGAAGCUUUGAGAAAUUAUGAUGGUGUGGCUAUUUUGGGCAUUUUUCUGCAAGUAGGAGAAACUCCCAAGCCAGAGAUGAAAAGAAUUCUUGAAGAAAUAAAUGGUAUUAAAACAAAGGGGAAAGAGGCUCCCUUUUCAAACUUUGAUCCAUCAAUUCUUUUCCCUAAAUCUUGGGACUAUUGGACCUACCAUGGCUCCUUCACUGAACCUCCUUGUGAUGAGUGUGUUACCUGGAUUCUUUUGAGGGAACCUAUUAUUGUCAGCCCAGACCAGAUAGCAAAGCUCCGUAGCCUUUCCGUGAAUGGUGAGACACAGCCUUUUCGCCCCUUGGUGGAUAACUGGCGCCCUCCUCAACCUCGGCAUUUCAGGAUGGUGAGAGCUUCGUUCCAAUAAACUCUGUGCCGAAAGUGGGUGUCUUUGAGUGAGGCAGUGCCUACAUCCCAGUGCCUAGUUAGCUUUGUGCCCUCUACUGCUCUUCCUCUGGAUGCAGAUCUGCAUUUAACAGUCCAUAACUCUGAAUAAUGAGAUGUGAUGGAUCACCAACUCUAAUUCUGAGGGGUCAAAAAUUACUUGAGGCAAAUUGUAAUCUUGACAUGAAAAUGUAGCAUCUGUGUUUGGAUCUCAAUAACAGCUAUAUGAGCUUUAACAGUAGCAUUUACAUGGUUAUUUCUAAGGUAGAAAAAUGGAAUUGUUACUAAUGGCUAGAAAAGGCAUUUUUCCAUUAUCCUUAUGAUCUUUAGUGUUUGCCUUUUUCUACACUGUAAAGUUUCCCAGUUAACAGAAACAAUCAGUAUUUGAAUGUAAAAUGGGCAACAUGUCAAAUUCUGUGGUCAGUUGUACUGCAUAAUCCAAUAGAGAAUACCAGGUGUAACAGAGGACAGCGUUUACUCCGUUGUAUUCAUAUUGGAAAAUGGAGACUCACUAAAUUCCCAUUGAUAAUUAAGAAUGUGAAGAUUUUAACGAACUGAGAGUUUAAUAUUGUACAAUUUUAUUUUGAAAACUGAAAUCAAGAUGUCAGAUCAAAUUAAAGAGAUAGUAUAAAAAGUACCUAUUUUAAUUAUUGUAACUACUGGCUUAUUCUUGUUAGAAGGUCAUCUUUAAUUUUAAGUCUAAAGUAACUGAAAUGAAAUUAAUUUAGAGAAAUCCCAGGAUUUUCUUUAAUUUCCUGCAUUUGUAGGUGUUAUCAGAAAUAGUGAAUGAAAGUGGAUAGAUUCUGUUAUAAUCCCGUUGCAUUCUCAGAGAUAUUUAGUCCCCGUUUUUUCUGCUGUACCUUUAUCUUUCCAUUUCUCAAUUCUUGCACAAUUGAUCCUAAUGUCAGUGAGAUUUGUAUGCAACCAUCUCUGUUGGACUUACCUUAUGGAAGCAAGAGCAAUAAAAAAUGAUUGUAUGACUCCACUUGAAGUAACAGCAUUUUAGCCUUGAGAGAUGCAACAUUAAUAAAAACUCUUUUGUAAGAAAUGUUGUUUGGGGCUUUACAUCUAAUUUUGGGUGAAAGAAAAAAAACAUAGACAAAAAUACUUGUCAGUGUCCUCCUAAUACAUCUCUGUAUAAAUUAGGGAUGGAUAAAAACUGUGUUACCUAACCCUGGCCAUUUAUGUGUACUGCAAGAUACUGUUGUGGUUUUUUUGUGAUUCCAAGGACAUAGCAUUUCUAAAAUAUGAUAGAUAUUUCAUCACCGCAUCUGCUAAUUGGCACUUGUCCCAACUCUGAUGUUACUUGCGGACCUCUGCGUCAAGAAAAUCCUCAUUCCUAAUAGCCUUUCCUUCUCAUUUGGUCAUGUACUACCCUUGAUCCUACCAAAACUCAUAUGUUCAGGUAUUCUGCUCCAACUUUUCUGAACUGAUCUGACUUAGCUCUAAUAAUGCCAUUUCACCUUAAAUUGCACAUGAACUCUAGUUUCCUACAAGAAAACAGAUGAUAGAAUUAGAUGAGCUGUUGGCUCACUCUGAAUUUUCAAUUUAACCUCUGCUUCACCUCCACUUUAUAACACAUAAGCCUGACCUUUUAAAAAUGGAAUUAAUAGCUUCUUUGCCCUGAUGACAUAGAAUGAUUUUCAGCUGGUCAAAACUGUUAGGUCUAAAUAAAAUGAGGUAAUAAAUUCUAAGGAAGCGAGAGUAAAGUCAGGUAACUGAUUCUUCUGAGCCUGGAGAAAACCCAGUUGGAUCAAUUCUAAUUAAGUCUCCAGGAGCCAAUUGAGCCAGAAUUUCUCUGAUUAGUCCUAUGGCAAAAUGCAUUCUUCUGCCCUGACACCCCACACCUUGAGAAAUACUAGAUUAUGCAGGAUAUGUCAUCACAUUAUUAGCCAAGAAUUUAUCUGUGUGUGUGAACGAUUCAGUAUAAAAUGUUAAUGUGAAACACAAGCCAAGGAUCUAUUUUAAGAAUAACAUGAGCCUGUCCUUAUUCCAUUCAUGAUAUUAGGAAAAAAAAAAAUUCUUUAACUCUGCAUUGCCUAGUAGCUUGCAUGACAACCUUAAUAAUAUAUUUUAAACAUGUUAUUAUAUUUAAUAUAUAUCAUGUUUUUCUUCAAAGAGUAAUGCUUAUGACAAUUAUAAAAUGUGUACUAAGCAUACAGAGUUUGCACAUUUCUGAGUUUAAUAUCCCAGGACCAGAUCAUUCCUUUGCUUACUAAAUUCAGUAAAAGGGGGAAUCUCACUUGUUAUUUACCAUGAGGUUGAGUACAGUGUUUGUCCCUCACAUCUGCCUCUCACUUACAAGAUGAUAGCAGAAGAGAGAUGAUGCAUCUGAUGCUGUUGUAGUCAUGGAUCUGGUCCCAAACAUGAAUCAUUUGCCAUCACAAAUCAAGUCUCUCUGUGCAUUUUGUGGUACUGCCAACUCAAAAAUCAUGAGUCAGACCCUCAAAAUCAUGAGAAUUGUUUUCAAAGAUUAAAUUGGGAUGGACCCUUGAAUUUUUAACAUCCCCUGCCCACGUUCAACCCCUGUGUGUGUCAGCAGCGAUUUGUGUUGCCCAUUCUCCCAAAUGUUUUGGAAAAGGUGCUUUUGCUGCCAGCUGUAGGAACCUCACCUCCUGUAGAGCAAUUAAUUCUGCCCUUAAUCUCCAAAUCAAUACAGUCUUCCCAUCAGGUCAGUCCCUUUCAAACUCCUUCAUCCAGUCCUUUAUCCACUCCUCCCAUUCAACCCAUCUACCCCUAGUUCAGCCUGUCCCAGAACCCCAACCCAUUCCAACAAGCCCCCCCCCACAAUUUCAGCCAGCCUCCCUGCCCCCACAUGCCCCUCAGUUCAGCCUGUUCCCCCCCUUAGUUUAUCCCAUUCUGCAUCUCCCUCUUAACUGUAGUCACAACUGCCUACUUGCCUCGUGCAUAGGCCCACCAGGUAGUGUUGCCAGGUGUCCGGUUUUGAACUGGACAGUUCUGUAUUUGAGCUUUCUGUUC